AUGGUCUCAAAACCGAGAAGCAUAUCAGGCUCACCACCACCCUCGGCUUCUUCAUCAUCUUCAAAGCAGCCUCCAUCUAUACAGCGUCAAAAUCGUUCUGAUUUCGACUUGGAACCAAAUCCAUUCGAGCAGAGUUUUGCUCCGAGGUCUGCCAAUCACUCUAAUGUCCGUGGAGAACGAGCAGCAAAAGACAAAACCGGCAGAAACGGUAAAAGUGACAAAAAAGUUCAGAUAGAGGAUGAUCUUGGACCUCCCUCUAACGAAUCUAUCCUCACUAUUAAAUCCGGCUCAUCUGCCGAUCGGGAAGCCGAUGACCACCAGCAACGCCCGCAAAGCCGAACUGCAUCCGUUCCCAACUCCAAUGUCUCGAAUAAUGGUAGUAUAUCUCCUCGACCUAUGCUCCCUCCAGUCGCAGCCAUAUCCUCUCCAGCUGAUCAAUCAUCUUCAUUCGGACAUCCUUGGGCUGCAACUGGGUUUAACUCGAGUUUGAGAAGUGGACCGUUGAGCCCAGCCAUGCUAACUGGACCUCAGGAUCCUAAUGCCCCUUCGUCGAAUCUUUCGAAUCCUCUUUCAACUCUUGCACCACCAGGACUGCAAUUUGACCCCUCUUCCUUCCGUACUGGUCUCACUCCACGCACGGGUCUGACUCCUAGAACAGGGUUGACUCCUGCACUGAAUGGCUUAAGCGGGACGGGUCUUACACCACUCGUCGGUGGUCCAGUAUCGUUCCCUGCUUCUCCAGGUACAGCUGCCUUCCUAGCUCUGAUGCAUAACAGUGGUAUGAACAACUUGAAUGGCGUCAAUGGUGUCGGACCUGGCGGCACCAUUACACCUAAUACACUUAACGCCAUUACUGGGGUCUUGAAUAAUUCUCAAGGCCAGAUCCAAGGUCAGGGUCAGUCAGGGCAGGGUCAGCAGCAACAGAAUUCUUAUACCAACCCGCCCACAGUACCUUCACAUCUCCAUCACUCACAUACCCAUUCGAAUAACGAAAACACCAACCCUCACAACAACUCAUACCUCGAUAGCGCGAACAAUGCUACGUCGACAGCUGCCAACGGUCUGUUCCUUCUCAGCCAAGCUCAUCAGGAGCUUACCAAGAGGGAGGAAGAGCAGGCGAGAGCGAACUCCGCUCAGACAAACGCCAAUGGGAACUCGAACGGCGCAACCGGGAAACGUGGAUCCAAACGGAAAAACUCAGAGGCAAUAAACGGCAACGCCGGUACGAUCACAAACCGGUCGUCGAAACGUGCCAAACCCUCAGGUGGUAGACGAAAACAGGCGAGUCCGGAGUUUGAGGAAUUCGAUCCGGAAGAUGAUGGAGAUGACGAUGACGAUGACGAAGUUAUGAGGGAGAUGCAACAGCAGCAAACGACAACAGGCGGAAGAGGGAGGAACAAAAAGCCAGAGACAGAGGAAGAAAAGAGAAAGAACUUUUUAGAAAGGAAUCGACAGGCUGCACUAAAAUGCCGUCAGCGUAAAAAGGCCUGGCUUGCUCAACUGCAAGCAAAAGUCGAAUACCUUUCUCAAGAAAACGAGCGACUAACGUCCGCUCUCGUCUCUUCGAGAGAAGAGAUAUCUCGUCUAUCGGCCCUGGUGGGCGGAGCGGGCAUCAGUAGUGUCAGUGUCGGAGGACCUGGAGCAGGAGCAGGCGCGGGAUUGAUAAAUUUAGGAACAGUUUCAUCAAAUGCAUCACAGACAGUGCCAAUUAGUAUGGGCGUGGCCACUUCUGGUAAGGGAGGUGGUGUAGCGGUUUCCCAGACUGUCAAUGCGGGCGCGGCGAAGCAGACAGGCGGGUAUGGGUAUUGA